AUUCAUAGAAUCAUAUGACGUCAAUCAAGACGUUUCCAUCAGAUGUAAGUGGGGGUGAAACAGUCACUGGGGACCUUCAUUGUAUGAGGGGCCGUUUAGGAAAUAAUUCAGACUGUCCUUACAUAAACACACAUGAAACACAUACACAUAUGUAACGUUCACACGCAUUCACUCUACUGAAAACUCGCAUUCACAUAUGUGAAAUGCUCGCAUCGACAUAUAUGAAAUGCAUUCACUUUUACAUGUGAAAGGUUCACACACGCAUUCACACUACUGAAAACUCACAUCCACAUAGGUGAAAUGCUCGCAUCAACACAUAUGAAAUGCAUUCAUUUUCACAUGUGAAAGGUUCACGCACGCAUUCACACUACUGAAAAUGUGCAUCCACAUAGGUGAAAUGCUGACAUCGACACAUAUGAAAUGCAUUCACUUUCACAUGUGAAAAGUUCACGCACGCAUUCAUACUACUGAAAACUCACAUUCACAUAUGAGAAAAGACACUCACACACUCAUAUAUGAAACACUCAAGUUUUAUAAGGAUGAGUAGGAAGCUUUGAGAAUGUAAGUGUGCGAGAACAUUUUCACUAUAUCCGGAAGUCAUUUCAGUAUAUCCGGAUGUCAAUUCGGCAUAUUCGGAAGUCAGUUCAGUAUGUCCGUAAUUUCAGAUUUCCGCGCGCGUUUACGAUCAGUUAAUCAUGGACGAUUUAAACCGCGGUCGUGUGGUGAACGAAGAGGUAGGCUUGUUGAGCCAAAUAUUAUCAUCCCCCGAUGUGAUCAACAAUAUCGCAACAUCAAUUAACAUCAAUUCCACUGCACCACGUUCGCCCUCACAUGCAACUCAGUCCGCUGAAACAGAGCUUAGAUUCCUGUUUCGACCUGGCAUUCGAGGAACGGCAAGACCUCAAGCCGCAGCACCAACUCAGCAAGAGUCAACUGCUCCACUUCAAGUUGCCGAUUCUGCCCGUUACAAUACAAGGCUUCAUUAUAACCGCUGGGGAUCAAGGCCACGGCAAAGGUAAACCCCAAAAGUUCCAGUUAUCACAUAUAAAUAUAUUACAUCGAUUCCAGUCUAUGUCUAACUCAUUUGCUAACUAGUUUACUGUCUUAGCCUCUAGCUAGCUUGCAAAAUUAACACGCUAGCCAGCAAUCCAAUUCAGUAUUUCACUGGCUGCUCUUUAAAGAUAUUCUAGCUACUGUAGGCUACAGAACAGAAGUAGCAAGCAGGACAAACCGUGUAAGCAACUUUCUGAAACACAGGUUCAAUAAAAUGUAAUUUAAUCUAAAAUCUGCUUGUGGUCUCCAGGUUUUAAAAAACUCCCCACCAAACAUACCACAAGGAUGUCAUACUACUUCCUAACCCUAGUGACAAUGUGGUUGUGAAGCAAAGUAGUAAGCAGAGACUUCAUGCGAAGGGGCACAUUUUGAAUGCUUUUGAACUUGUCAAAGCUUGGGACAGUGAAAUGGUGAAAGAGAGAAUAAGGCAGGCAUUCAAAGGAAAGAUUCCAGCUGAUGUCAGCUUGAAGAUUCAGAUGUGGAUUGCAUUCCAGUUGAUGACAUGAGGGAAGAAGAAAAUGUCAAUAACAUGCAACAACCUGAUAUUGAUGCCGUAUCACCAGUGAUGGACAAUCACAAGCCUUCUACUUCACAUGCAGAUACCUUGGUCUCAACACAAGUCACUGCAACACCUAGGCCAUCAGCAAGUCAUGAAGCAGUCUCAGAUGAUACAGACUACAACACAUACUUGGGAGUUAUGACAGCGAUGACAGAAAUGUCUGAAGACUCGGAUGAGGAAUUCAAUCAAGCCAUACAAGCCAGUCUUGAAGAUCAAAUUGGAGCUGGAUGCACAGAGAAUGUGCCAGUGACUAAACUACUGAAUGACUUGGCAGCACAAAUAAAUAUUUUUGAAUCAGCAACUAUGACAGAGUUAAACAGUGCGAUAGAGCCUCUUUUGGACUACCUGACUAACUCUGGAUGUCUUCGACCAAUGAAGACUGUAAAUGACAAGGAAAUGUUACUUGAAGACAUCUUAAUGUUUCAAGUCAUCAACAGAGUCCGAGGACCAUUUGAAAGGUUUCGUGAAGGAAUGAAAACUCUGGCUGUUCUGGAGCAACUCCAGCAACAUCCAGAUGCCUUCUGUCCCUUGCUCUGCCACAAGACGAGACAACUCACGGCAGACAUCCUGGAUGACCUCUUUCAGAUUCAGUUCUCCGAGUCUGGGAGUAACAGACGUAUGGCAGAGAACAAUGUCACUGCCUACUGGCGGGACUACUUACAAGAUGCAGAAGAUGAAGAAGGACCUACAAAGCUGGGGAAGAUUCUGACCUUUGCAACAGGAGCUAGUGAGAUCCCUCCUAUUGGCUUUAGCCCUCAACCAUCCAUUGAGUUUCUACAUGAUGAACAGACAGUUUUCAAUUCUACACAUGGUGUCUCAGCUGCACGCUUCCCAAUGGCCAAUACCUGUGUAAAUUGUUUGCGAAUUCCUCUGCACAGUGCCUAUGAAGCGUUCAAGACCAACAUGGAUUUUGCUAUCGCCAACACACAGGGGUUUGGUAUGCAGUAAGGAUCAAAAAUAGGCAUUUUGAUGGCAAUAGUUUGCUGAAAUGUGGCUAUGCUCUUUAUAACAUUAUGCAUGUUUGUUUCAUUUAACUGUCUCAAAAGAAAAUGAAGGAGUUGAACAAAUUCUGUUAUUAGGCUAUUUAAUUCAAGUUUUGAAUUGGCACUGAAAGGUUUUCCAAGUCAUAACAAAGGGGCAUUAUGUUGCAAAAUCUAUGUAACAGUAUGUAUUGUUUAGCCUUUAAUCUAAUUUGUUUCAUUUAACAGCCUCAAAAGCAAACUAAGAAGUGCUAAAAACAAAUUAAUACCAUGGUUACCAUCGUCUUCAAACGGGUUAAACGAUUGUCGAGUUAAUUUCAUACUUAUAUCAUUAAUAAAAAUUGUAUUUUCUGGAAUGUUGACAUUAUUUGUUGUUUCCAGCUCAGGUAGUGGUCCAUCUGGAUCAGUUCCAUAACUCUCAUUCAGAUCAAAAAUGCUAGUGAUUGCAAUGUUGUCUGAUCCUGCAUGGUGGAUAACACCUGCUUGCCACAGUUGGAGAGGUGUUUGCCCUCCUUGGGUAGACAGUCCAUGGUGGGUCCACUGGUUUCUAAACUCUGCUGCAGCCCUCUCAAUAUGCGGUAUGUAAAUAUAGUGCAGGCAAAACAAGUGAAGUUCACAAAGAGAAUCUAAAAUCCCUUGGUCCUCCAUAUAGGUGAAAAGAUUGCUGUAGUGGAAAGAUACCACACGAUUAAAUUCAGCCCAAAGCCUCUCUAUCCUUUGAUUGUGUACACUACGUCCUGUAAUGACACUUUUUCUGCCUAGUCCUCUCUGGUCCAGCAUAAAUCUGGCCACCAUAAAAUUUUCCAUUCCAUGGUUGCAUCUUAUCCUGGAUGGUAAACCAAAAUGUUGUACUGCCUCUUGAAAAAGGGCCAGAACAUUUGCCGCCCUGUUGUUGUCUAAGCACCUGAGAUACAUAAUGGUUCUACUAUAUCCGUCCACACAGCCGUGAAAGACCAGGCGCCAUCUCACUAAUUUAUGGUUACCGUCCAAAUGCCUGCAAAUAGAAACCUCAGAUUAGCGUAAACAUUUUGUUAAA